AUGCCAUGCCGAGGUAUUGAUGCCGAAUUCCAGGAGGUUCUCCUCUUCUACUUUGGUACCAGUGCUGCAUGGGCAGUAUCGGCAUCUGGCAGCCCGAUGGCUCCUCCUGAACCGGAGCCUGGUGCUUCUAUCCAUGACGCACCAGUGGUCCGGCGUCCAGGUGAGCUUGCUGACCUACGGACAGUCCUUCGAAAUUGGUGGAGUUUCCCAGCUGUUGGUUUCAAUGCAGUUUUGGAGAUGCCAGUGUACUCUCUCCGUCCUUCUCAAGAUGCCAAUCGGUUCCGUAGGUACAAAUUCGAGGUGACAUGUCCUGUUAGUGGCGAACCCGCUGGUAGCGAUGACCCUCCAGAGGAGAUUGGGUCGAUUAUAGUUCCGAACUCAAUAUUCGCUGAGCCAAUCCGGAAAGAUAUCCUUUAUUUCACGUAUUGGUGGCAUAGAGGAUGUAUGGCUGGUUAUCAGCAGGACAUGCAGCUGUUCAAAUGGGAGUGGCCAGGUUCCAAUAAGAAAGCGCGGUCUCACAAAAAUAUCGGCAAAUCUCGUAUGGGUCGGCGAAAGGCUCCAGGAAAGUACGAUGGCGUGUUUUCAAUUCCGCAACGUCCACGGGAGUGGCGGCAAGGAGAGCUGAAGAGGCGAGUGUGGAAGUCACUGAAGAUGAUGUUGAGCGCUAAGUUCGCGCAAGGAGAGAUCACAGUUGUUGACUCCUUCAACGUCAGUACUCAUAAGACCCGGCAUGUCGCUGCCCAUUUACGCCGACUCCUGGGUCGGCACUGCAAUUCGGCUCUUUUGAUCCAUGUUGGCACUAGUGAUGUCAAUGACAAUUUCCGCUGGGGCACUGCCCAUAUAGCACAAGUCAGACGCGAGGACGUUGAAGGCGUAUCAACAUAUAACUUGUUAAAAUACAGGCAGAUCGUCAUUACUGAGCAAGCCUUGCAUAAGCUCAUUGCUGAGAUCAAUAACUAUCCUAAAAAGGCAAGGAUAAUGCGCACGAGAGGCUGGCUUCCGAAGCAUGCGACUCCCGAUGGUCGGCCAGCUCCCGUACCGAAUAAGGUGCCUGGAUGGGUGUCAGAAUGGGCUGCUAAGAAGCAGAGGCUCAAGGAUUCUGAGUUGCGCCAACGCGACUACUUUCUGGAGUUCAAAAAAUGGAAGUGGUCGCAGAAGCUUUAUGGCGCUCUCAAGGUACCAAGAUUCGAUCCGCUGGCUGGGUUCAGAGUGAAGGACUUUAGCAUCUUGGAACAUCCCUAUAGCGAGAUGAGAGGCCAGCGAGCUAAAUGGCAGAAGUUCGAGCAGCAGGAAGUCUAUUAUGAUGAUGAACCUAUAGAGACUGAUUUCAACGAUCCGGCGGAUCUACAAGAGACGAGGUCAUUGUUGGAGCAUUCGGAAGCUGCAGUGAUAGACCUGUCAGUGAGGAACACAGAGAUCUUUAUCCAGAACAAGAAGGAUGUCCAGAGCCUUGGUGAGGCUAUGUGGAGCGCUAAGAGCAGUUACGGCAUGUAG